AUACAUUCUCCCUGAGCUGGCACUCAAGCACUGUGGGACCUUGGCUGGCUUCUGGGGAGCAAGAGAUCCAUUUCUGAAUACUGGAUUUCUGACUCCUGGGAAGCAUGGCUGAUGCUCCGAAGGAGGGAAGAGUGACCCGGUUUCUGGACUUCACCCAGCUGACGGACAUGGCAUCUGAGUCCGUAGGAGGAAAAAUUUUAUUUGCAACAGAUGACUUUUUUGCUCCUGCAGAAAACCUCCUAAAGAGUGACAGCCCGUGCUUUAAAGAGCAUGAAUAUACUGAGUUUGGGAAAUGGAUGGAUGGCUGGGAGACCAGGAGGAAAAGGAUUCCAGGUCACGACUGGUGCGUCCUCAGGUUGGGGAUCCAAGGAGUCAUCCGGGCCUUCGACGUGGACGUUUCUUAUUUCACGGGAGAUUACGCUCCUCGAGUGUCAAUUCAAGCAGCAAACUUGGAAGAAGAUAAACUACCAGAAAUCCCAGAAAGAGGAGUCAGGAUAGGAGCUGCAGCCACUCCCGAGGAGUUUGACGCCAUUGCUGAGCUAAAAUCUGAUGACUGGAGUUACUUGGUUCCCAUGACAGAGCUUAAGCCAGGAAACCCUGCUUCCGGCCACAACUAUUUUCUUGUCAAUUCCCAGCAGAGAUGGACUCAUAUCAGACUCAACAUUUUCCCAGAUGGUGGAAUUGCACGACUUAGAGUAUUAGGUACUGGACAAAAAGACUGGACAGCAACCGACCCCAAGGAACAUGCAGACCUAGGGGCCAUCGCUUUUGGGGGCGUCUGUGUAGGAUAUAGUAACGCUAAGUUUGGGCACCCAAACAAUAUAAUAGGAGUCGGUGGGGCAAAGUCUAUGGCGGAUGGUUGGGAAACGGCAAGAAGGCUGGACAGGCCACCGAUAUUAGAAAAUGAUGACAAUGGCAUUCUCUUGGUUCCGGGUUGUGAAUGGGCAGUUUUCCGAUUGGCACAUCCUGGAGUAAUAACUCGAAUUGAAAUUGACACAAAAUAUUUUAAAGGCAAUGCUCCUGACAGCUGUAAAGUGGAUGGGUGCGUCCUGACAACUCAGGAAGAAGAAGAUGUGAUCAAGCAAAAGUGGAUUCUCCCGGCCCACAAGUGGAAACCACUGCUUCCUGUGACCAGGCUGUCUCCCAACCAAAGUCACCUAUUUGAUAGCCUGACCCUGGAGCUCCAAGAUGUCAUCACUCACGCCAGGCUCACCAUCGUCCCCGACGGGGGAGUGAGCCGCCUUCGGCUCCGGGGCUUCCCCAGCUCCAUCUGCCUCCUGAGGCCCCGGGAGAAGCCCAUGAUGAGGUUCUCGGUGGGCUUCAAAGCAAACCCUUAACACACACAAAGUCCCGGUGUCGGACACACAGCAGAAAUUUCCCAGUCAUAGUCUUCUUUUCAAGUGUUUCGAACACCUGGUGAUUUAAUAAAGUGGUCAUCUCACAAA